CCGGGUGGGACGCACAGGGAGGCCAGGCCCCUGCCCACCUCUGCCCCUGCUCCAGGGCUCUCCGGAGCUUCGGCACCGGCGGGGGCGCCCGCGAGCUGCCCCGACAGCGGCAGCGGCUGCAGAGCGAGUGGAAGACGGCCAGGGUCACGCUGCUGGUCGUCCUCCUCUACGUGCUCUCCUGGGCCCCCUACUCCACGGUGGCCCUGGUGGCCUUUGCCGGAGGCCGCAGCCAUCAUCGCCAGCAUGUCUUACAGCGUGACCCUGACUGGUCCUGGGCCCUGGGGCUUCCGCCUGCAGGGAGGCAAGGACUUCAACAUGCCCCUCACCAUCUCCCGGAUCACGCCAGGCAGCAAGGCAGCCCAGUCCCAGCUCAGCCAGGGUGACCUCGUGGUGGCCAUCGAUGGGGUCAACACGGACACUAUGACCCACCUGGAGGCCCAGAACAAGAUCAAGUCUGCCAGCUACAACCUGAGCCUCACCCUGCAGAAGUCGAAGCGUCCCAUUCCCAUCUCCACGACGGCACCCCCGAUCCAGUCCCCCCUGCCGGUGAUCCCCCACCAGAAGGAGCCUGCUCCGGACGCCAACGGCAGCCUGGUGGCCAGGCCCGGCCCGGGCACCCCCGCGCUCAGGCAGACCUUUAGCUCCUCCUUCUCCCAGACCUCCGGCUUCUCCACUGACCCCUCCCCUCCACGGGGCAGCCCGGGGGCCAAGGCCAACCUGGAGGGCCCGAAAGGCCCGGGCUCCAGGCAGCCACGGCUGUAUAACAACCCCAUUGGUCUGUACUCGGCAGAGACCCUGAGGGAGAUGGCUCAGAUGUAUCAGCUGAGCCUCCUCCAAGGGAAGGCCCCAGGUGCUGGACUCCCAGGAGGGAGCCUCCCCAUUAAAGACCUUACCGUAGACAGUGCCUCUCCCGUGUACCAGGCUGUGGUCAAGAACCAGAACAAGCCAGAAGACGAGGACGAGUGGGCCCGCCGCUCCUCCAACCUGCAGUCCCGCUCCUUCCGCAUCCUGGCCCAGAUGACGGGCACAGAAUACAUGCGAGACCCUGACGAGGACGCUCUGCGGCGCUCCAGCACCCCUAUUGAGCAUGCUCCAGUGUGCACUAGCCACGCCGCCACCCCGCUGCUGCCCGCUUCUGCCCAGCCGCCUGCUACUGCCUCUCCCAGCACUGCCUUGCCACCCCUGGCUGCAGCUGCCACCAACACUGCCACUGCCACCGCCGCAGUCUCAAGCCCUGCAGACAGUCCCAGGCCCCAGGCCUCCACCCACAGCUCUGCAGCGGCUUCCUCCCCCGUACCAGCCGCCCACACCAGCUACCGCCAGGCCCCAGCCGCCCCUGCACCCAAGCCCCGGGUUGUCACCACUGCCAGCAUCCGGCCUUCUGUCUACCAGCCAGUGCCUGCCUCUACCUACAGCCCCUCCCGAGGGGCCAAUUACAGCCCAACUGCCUACACCCCCUCGCCUGCCCCCACCUAUUCCUCCUCCCCUGCACCGGCCUAUACCCCCUCAUCUGCCCCAAGCUAUACCCCAACCCCCUCGGCCGCCUACAGUGGGGGCCUUGUGGAGCAUGCCAGCCGCCCACCCUGGGUGACGGAUGACAGCUUCUCCCAGAAGUUUGCCCCUGGAAAGACCACCACCUCCAUCAGCAAGCAGCCCCUGCCCCGGGGGGGCCCAGCCUUCUCGGGUCCCCAAGUGUCACCUCUGGCCAGGGGCACCGUCCAGAGGGCCGAGCGCUUCCCAGCCAGCAGCCGGACUCCACUCUGCGGCCACUGCAACAGCAUCAUCCGGGGCCCCUUUCUGGUAGCCAUGGGCCGCUCCUGGCACCCAGAAGAGUUCAACUGUGCCUACUGCAAGAACUCCCUGGCGGAUGUGUGCUUCGUGGAGGAGCAGAACAACGUCUACUGCGAGCGGUGUUAUGAGCAGUUCUUUGCUCCCCUCUGUGCCAAGUGCAACACCAAAAUCAUGGGGGAAGUGAUGCAUGCCCUGAGGCAGACGUGGCACACCACCUGCUUCGUCUGUGCAGCCUGCAAGAAGCCCUUUGGAAAUAGCCUGUUCCACAUGGAAGACGGGGAGCCCUACUGCGAGAAAGACUACGUCAACCUGUUCAGCACCAAGUGCCACGGCUGCGAUUUCCCAGUGGAGGCCGGUGACAAGUUUAUCGAAGCCCUGGGGCACACCUGGCAUGACACCUGCUUCAUUUGCGCAGUCUGCCACGUGAAUCUGGAGGGGCAGCCAUUCUACUCAAAGAAGGACAAGCCCCUGUGCAAGAAGCACGCGCACGCUGUCAACGUGUAGGGGCCCGGGGCCUCGGUGCCGACACUGGUCGCUGCUCCUGCUGCUGGCAAAGAAGGAUUCGUGGAGGCUGAUGUUUCUUUUGGGGGGAAAGGGGGAAGGCAGGGAGUGCUUGAGUCCUUUUGAAGUAUAAUUUUAGUCCUUUCUUCUGUACACAUACCAUGUAUUUGCAUAGUUCAGACUAGAAGCCAAAUGAAGAGUCUAAACCAACUAGUAAUUAAUCCAAGACUGGAAUUGUACUUCAGAUGUUUAGGACAGAAUUCCAAGAACUCAAAAAGUGAAAAACCAAAAAGUAACUUUCCCAAAGCGAUGCACACUUCCCUGAGGUCACCAGAGCAGUGGCCAAGGUUAUGGAGAAUCCGAACCGUUCUGUGGAGCCCUUUGGAACUGGCUCCUCUGGCAAACAAAGUGAGGUGCCAAACAGUUCUCGCCGCGGGGUAUUUUUAGAGCCGAGAGCUUGUUAGCUAAGACCGAUUGGGCCUUCCUCGCCAAAAAAGGAAGUGAUAUUCCAUUUCUAGUGUCAUGGAGCUACCUCUGCACAUCAGACUUUAGACCUUCACGUGAACAGACUUGGAACAUUCUGUAGGGAACCCAGACGUCGGAGAAGAAUUUAGGGCUGAAGACAGCAAGCCACUGGGCGAUCGAAAGGGCUCAGGGAAGGGCUCUGGCGACCUUGAAAAGGUUUCAGUUCAAAACAUCCAGUGUUCUCAGAGGCUUAGCUCCUUUUUGACUUGUGCUGGGAAAGUGGAAUUGGGUGUUUCCAGUUUUGCUUUGCAGUGAAAGGAGAGUUUAAAAAGACUCUGGGUUGUGUUUGGCUUUUGUAUUUUGCUUUAAGGGAUUGCUUAGCAUGAAUGUCCAGUCUUGUGCAUGUAUAUCCCCCCGCCCCCGUCCUGAGACGGCUCACUUGUGAAGUCUUCCUUGGCACCCCGCCCCCACCCUGGGGCCCCCACCAGGCUCGGUGAUCAGUGGAGAAGAAGAGAGAGACUCAAAGUGCCUAAGCAGGAGGGCAGAAAGGGCCGAGAGCAUGCCCAUACUCUGGGGAGGGAAGAAAAGAGACUGUCUGCCAACCUCAGUAAGGACGGACAGCUUGGCGGAACCUCCCGUCUCAGAUCUGCAUCCUUCUCAUAUGUUCCUUUACAUGCAGCACACCUGCUCCUUAUGAGUGUGUCGACUGCUGGAAGGAGAAGAUGGCCUAAUGGGUACUCGGUAGCCAUUUUGGUCAAUGUUUUGAAAAUGGAUGAGCUGAGUGAUCUAGCAAGCAUUUAAGUAUUUGUUGAAAUAGAUUUGGAUCAUCAAACUUCUUUACAGUUUUGGUGAUAGUUUCUGAGUUAGGCGAGCAUUUUAGAGCUGCUUGGUGAUAAAGGAGAGGCUUACCUUCAGAGCCUGGAAAUGGGAUAGUCUCCUCCUUUUUUAGGAGGCCCUGUUUUCCUGCUCAUUGGAUAUGGCAUUGAAGCAGCCGGGUUGAGUGAUGUUUCUCACUUGAGCACAAUACUUUGGCACCCUUCAACUCACUGCUACUCCCUCCUCACUCUAGUUUUGGAUUUUCUCUUUGCAUGUUUGAAAUGUUUUGUGGAAAUGCACGAGAACUCUUUUUCUUCUGAGAACUGAGGCUUCUGGGGAAGGAACUGCUGUCUUGUCUGCGUCUACUUCUUCCUGAGGGAAAAUGAAGCAGCUCCUUUUGUCCCUAGCAGGAGGCCCGUGUUUGUUUCCAGGGUGAAAUUACCAUCCUCCUGCAGGGAGCACCAGGGAGGGACAUCAGCCUGUCGACUCCAGGCCCCUUCUUUACCUUUGGUGCAGUGAGAAAGUGAAUGCAAAGGGCCAGGCAGAGUAAAAUCUGCUGGGAGUGCCUGGAGAGUUUUUGGGAGUUGCAAACAAGUACCUUGGAGCAUUCUGUUAUUUUUGGAAAAUUCAAAUAUACAGGGACAUGGAGGUUGCUGACUGUACAGAAAGGCUGUAAACAGGUUUUCUCCAAAAAAAAAAAAAAAGUCUAUUAAAUUAUCAGGGACUGGUCUCUAGGAAAGAAAAGAAAAACAGUUCCAUAGUUCCAUAGAGCUAAGUUUCCAAAAUCUCUUCUUAAGAGGUUUUAUACACACAAAACAUGCACACCUGUGUGUAUGAUCAUUAAAAAGAAAAGUGAGAUAUCUCAAAGGUGAAUUUUAUCAUAGUCACUUAAUGAAAUCAGUUUUUCUCCAUCUCAGAGAUAGUGUAGAUCCAAAAAAAGAAAGAAAAGAAAAAAAGAAAACAAACAAAAAACACUUUAAAGGUAGUUGGAAAAGGAGGUAGUUUUGAGUGUGGUUGCUUAGGUGUGGUAAGCCUGGCAUUAUGUUGAGAUUAAGGUUGUCUCUAUUCUCAGUUCAUGCCAUGAAUGGCCCUCAACCCCAAACACACUUUUUGAUGGUUGAUGUUGGGGAAUAUACUUUGGAUCUCCAGUUCUUGUCUCUUCAUUGUUGCACUUGAUCUAGCAUUUAUAAACAUUAACUUUUUGCAACUGAGUGGCUAUGUCUGUGGUGUUUAGGUCAGGAAUCUAGCUUUUACAGUGUUAUCUUUUCAGCCCAGGUACUCCUGAUUUAGGAUUUUUUUUUUUUUUUUUAAUUAAGAUUUCAGAAGUGGAAUGUAGUGUGUUAAAAGGUGUGCACAAGAGUAUUUUGCAUGUUUUAUUUUUAUUUUUUAUUUUUUUUUGGCCUGUGUGAAUUCUGCUUUGUAGCAAAAUAAAACCCCAAAGAGGAUGUGCAAAUAAAUACAGACUUUUCUGUGUAAAGUUUUUUCACGUGA